AUGGGCAACGAGGCCGAGCCCGGAGCGGCUCCGAAGCAUUUGCGAGAAAGGAUCCCUCACUGGCGUCUAUUGCUAGACCACGGCGUUCUUACAGACGAGAUCUUGAAUCAUGCCUAUUCCGGCUCGGGCACGGAAGAAGAUCCGUAUGCGGUGACUUGGAUUCCCAAUGACCCGCGGAAUCCCAUGCUAUGGCCCAAGUGGCAGAAAUGGACCUACACCUUGAUCAUGGCCGUGGCUACCAUGGCUGUUGCGCUCGUGUCUUCGGCCUACACUGGCGGCGUCAGGCAAUUCAUGGUGCAGUUUGACAUCGGCACUGAAGUAGCUACGUUAGGAGUUUCGCUGUUUGUUCUUGGAUUUGCAUUGGGUCCGUUGUUUUGGGCCCCCAUGAGCGAGUUAUGGGGCAGGCAGAUCUUGUACUGUGCGACCUUUUGCGGAUUCACCGUGUUCAAUGCCGCCUGCACCGGCUCCAAGAAUGCUGCGUCGCUCAUUAUCUUCCGCUUCUUCGCUGGCUCCUUCGGCUCUUCCCCCCUGACCAAUGCCGGCGGCGUCAUCGCGGACUUGUUCCCGGCCUCUGAGCGAGGCAUAGCCAUGAGUUUGUUCGCCGCUGCGCCCUCUCUGGGGCCCGUCUUGGGGCCCAUUAUCGGCGGGUUCUUGGGAAUGACCGAGGGGUGGAAGUGGCUGAUGGGCCUCCUGGCCAUCUUUUCCGGCUUUAUGUGGAUCGUGGGCAGUCUGGUCGUGCCGGAGACGUAUGCGCCUGUUCUUCUCCGACGGAGAGCUGCAGCCCUCUCCAAGGUCACUGGUAAGGUCUAUCGCAGCAAGAUAGACAUCGACAAGGGUGGCCAGGUCUCAGUAAGGAGGGCGUUCGCCGUUUCCCUCUAUCGGCCGUGGUUGCUACUUUUCGUGGAGCCCAUCGUGCUCAUCCUAUCCAUCUACCUAGCCAUCAUCUACGGUACCUUGUACAUGCUGUUCGCGGCUUUCCCGAUCGUCUACGAAGAGAAACGUGGCUGGAAUCAGGGCGUGGGUGGUCUCGCUUUCCUGGGUGUCCUGGUCGGCGAGGGAUUGGGUAUUCUCUGGUCCAUCUACACCAACAAGCAUUAUAUCAAGGUCCAGAAGAAACACAAUGGCUUCGCUCCACCCGAGGCUCGUCUACCGGUUACCAUCAUCGCUUCCGUCCUCCUCCCUGCGGGCCUGUUCUGGUUCGCCUGGACCAAUGCACCCUCCGUGCACUUCAUGGCCAGUAUCGCUGCCGGCGUCUUCUUCGGUGCAGGCCUCACCCUGUGUUUCCUGGGAAUCAUGAACUACCUCGUCGACGCAUACACCAUCUUCGCAGCCAGUGUGUUGGCGGCCAACUCAGUCCUCAGGUCCCUCUUCGGCAUGGCCUUUCCCCUCUUCACCACGUACAUGUAUCAGAAUCUCGGUAUCCACUGGGCAUCGUCUAUCCCAGCCUUCCUGGCACUGGCCUGUGUCCCGUUCCCGCUACUCUUCUACAAGUACGGACACCGCAUUCGCAAGUACUGCAAGUUCGCGUCUGAGUCGGACAAAUUCAUGCGUACGAUCAUCGAACAGACAAUGCAGGCGAGAAAUCAGCAGCAGGCUUCGAUUCCUCAGACCCGCGACAGCGGCGAAACUCAGGUUCAGAGCAACGCCGGCACACCGCCGGCACAGUACAAGGAAGAAGAACGCGGCCUGGAUACGGGGGAUGAGGAAAAGGCGAUCGGAUCUGCGACGCCGAAAUACCAUGCCCCUGAAUCCGGGUGAAUGCCAGCGAGGGGGAAACCCACGUAUGAUCGAUUCCUCCGAAUCAGCAUUACAACAACGCUCACGCCGAGGGUCGUUGGUUCUCUUUUCUUUCCUCCACCAUCCCUUAAUCAUAUCUUAAUAGGACAGGCUGUUUACUUUUUCGUGGCUUUCAUUUCUACGAUAACAAUGGACGAAUGGAUGGGCAUGCACUGAUACACCUAUGGCGUCUGUUGGUUUUCUUGCUUUUGGCAUGGCUAGAUUCCCUAUGGUUUCGGUUGAUUUCAGUUCUUUCUUCUUGUUGAUUCGUUUUGUGCGGUCAAAAAGAGCAUUUUGCCACUUAUCUUGGUUAUAUACAAUAUCGAAUCUCG